UGACGCCGGAGACAUCUUCGACUACGUUUUCAUUUCUAUUGGAACGUAGAGGAAGGUUGUGGGGUAGCAGCUCUGAGUGGAUGGCCACUUAUUCGCGACUCCGACGCAUGUGGACGCGUGACUUGUCAUGACGCUAAAUCAGUCUGAAACAGUUAUAGUUAAAAGCAAAUACAGGUGCAAAGAAGGUUGGGGAAUCAGAUAUUGAUCCCAAUAUAUUAUCAUCCAUCCGCUUAUGAACCUCUCCGUCUCGUGUAAAGCAACACUAAUAUACAAUAUCGUAGGAAGUGAGGUGGUUAUAAUCGUCAUUAUUCUUUAUCCCAGACAAUGUUUUAUGUUUUUGAUACUAGGAAGAGACCGGUAUUCCGUGGGUUACUGUGCACGUUGCUGGUGCUGAACCGCACGGACUUAAUUUUUUCGCGUUAAAUGGACUCGUUUGCCCCUGGUCAGGUGUGAUAACGCGUGUCUAAGUUGUUUACUGCCAUUUAGACAAAUCUGGCCAUCACAAUUUGCAAGUAGUUUUUAAGGUUCAAUGGGUACUCGGAGAUUUUAUAUAACCCCUUAAUUUAGAAGUUCCAGGCUGACUAACUACCCGCUUUCUCAUACCACAGGAUCGUGAAGGAGGUAUGUUGACCAACAAAAUCCACACUUUUCUCGCGAAGCCAAUAACAUGGGAGUAAAUCUAAAUGGGUUAUCAAAGAGUGAGCAUCCUUUGCACAAACCGGAUUUAGUUGAAAUCUGCAGGAAAAGUGCUGUGCGUAGGCGCACCCCUAGACCGUCGCAGUAGAAUAAUCUCACAGACAAUAAUAGACUGGACUUGAGAAUUAGACAGAAUAAACCGUGUGUUGGCGUAGAUGUGGGGCUUGCCGCGACAGAUCAAACAUAUGUCGCACUUAUAUAUGUAAAAUUAGCGCCGUCGGUGUUUUGACCUCGUCCGGCGGCGUUUUUUUGGAACGUCAGAUUACCGAAUUUUGGCAGUUUGUCAGAAAUGUCUACUUGAAUAUUAAUAGUACAGACUUUUGCGGGUUGUCUGACAGUCUCAGAUAGGUUGUUUGGACCGUUUGUUACGAGGAGCCAUGGCCUGCCACUGUAUGCAAUCAUGCCAUACAGCAGGACAUACUGCAAUUGUUUUAUAGGUUUUCAGCAUUUGAGUUUUUUUACACUGAUCGCUUGUCUCACGUGAAAAUAACGCUAGUAUUUCUUUCCACAUUUUGCAUUUGAACAAGAUUAGUUGGUUAGAUAUUACCCUGCUUACCCUUGUCUGUGCGUUACCAGUAUUCUCUUAUAUCUGUAUUUACUUGUCUGAGGCCUUUCCCAUACUUUGAAUCCAGUUUGACGGUCUAAUUCCUUGUCUCUCCCCAUCUUUCUCCUUCCUCCCCUCUCCCUUCUCCAUGCAUCAGCUAUGCGCAGACACUAUCUCCUUUACUCUGCUUGUUUUUGUAGUUCGCGUCAAUGUGUCUUCAGGUGACUUAGUGUUCGCCGAAUAUCAGUCACUGGACGACUUGCUGAAAGCCUAUCCCAGUUUUAGGUGAGUUAUAACGCACCCACACAAGUACGUUCUACCCCCGGUUUACUGCACCCGGUUAGGAGCGGCCACUUUUUGCCUAGUGAUUAACAAUGAAAGUCAUUUUUUGUACACCGUCAGUAGACCCUUAUUUUUGACUCACAGAUAUCCCCUUUCGUGUCUCCCUCAUCGAUUAGCCUCACCCGUAGCAUCUUUGUGUACAUCAAAAACGAGUUAACUUGCGCUCUCAUACCUUGUCCCACCGAUUCCAGAAGCUCUCAAGGGGGACGGGCACUCACUGUGAUUUUGGCCGCAGGAUGACAAACUCAGCUCAGGCUCCUGUAGGUUGAUGCAUGGCGACGAAGGAGCUCGCCGACGGACUGCGCUAGGCCGGAUCAGAUAUUUCUGGCUUUGUUAUCGUUAGGCAUAGGGAUAUGGCUCAAACAAACCAGUUGGAUUGCGUGAACCAAAGUUGCACGCUCCGUUGACCGCAACUGGAUAGUAUUCGGGCCGUGACUAUUCUGCCACCCAAUUUCAAAUAAUUGUUGCGUGAGGCGUAGUCGCAUCAAAACAGCAGAUUGCAGUUUAAGUCUGCACGCUUUGCUAGCCAUCCAGAGAUACAGAUGACGGACCACUGGAAGCAACUCUUACUGCCAUUUUUGUUCAUCUCAGAGUGCUUUUAAAUCUUCUACAACUACGACCAAGUGCAAAACUAGCUUUUAACAAGACCCUUUGCUAGGAUUUGGAAAUACAUUAUCUGAUAAGUCGCAUGAAAUGUUUACGGAACUUUUGAAAUGUGUCUUCACCUAGAAAGGCUUACUUAGGUGGGGUUGUAAUAGUAAUCGUCAUGCAGCAUGAUCUCAAGAUAUUUCAGUCAGGCUGGGAUGCCGGAUUUUGAUUUAGCUUCAUUCUUGUCACUCGGCAUAAAAUAACUGCUUAAGUAGUACACAUGUUCCAUAUUGGAUUUCGAUGCCGAUUUAUACAAAACAUGCAAAAAAUAAUCUUUCAUGUGCUCGUUUGGCAGAAAAUGAGGUCUUCUUCAAAUUUUGUGCUUGAAGAAAAGGUAUCUUUAAUUUCUUGAAAGCCCUCAAUUUCCGAACGCCUUUAAAGCCCGGGCUACAAUUGCACUGGCUCCUAGGCUCUCCAAAUUGUAUGCCGUAUAAUUUCUGUUAAGCAAAAUCACACACUUCGCUAGGCUGUCGAGCAGAGGUCAUAUGGGACUCAUGAAACUAUUAAUUGGAUGUGGGCUAGUUUUGUAUUCCACAUAAGCAGCAUUAGUAAAGGUACAGACACGGUGCUGUAGGAAAUGACGUUCUUGAAAAUCUCAUAACUGCGAAUUUUCUAUAAAUCGAGAGAUACCCUUUUCAAGUAUAAAAUUUGAAGAAAACGUUAAUUGCUGCCAAAGAAGUACAAAAAAGUAUUUUUACGCAUGCUUCCCAUAAAAUAUAUCUGGAUUUAUAAGGGUAUCAAAGUCAAAUGGGGGAAAGUUCAUACUACCUAAGUAUUCACUUUAUGCCGAGCGUGGUUCUUUGGACGACCGGAAUAAAGCCUAAGCCGGAACCGACAUCCUGGCAUGACUGAAGUGAUCAAGCAGAUGGGCAGCCCUAGCAACACCCGCCCGGCGUCCUCGGUUGGUUAUCUCGACGCCAACGCAAAGCAGGACCGGGUUCGGCCGAGGUGACAGCUGGAGCAAUUUAUCUUUUGGGUCGGCGGAGCACAUGAUCGAGCUGUCCCAAUUUUUGAAUAGGUUGGGUACCUUUGAAACCAUCUAGUCGUUUUUGGGGACGUAGUCGAAAAAGGGAACUCAGAGGAUAGGGCGCGGGAACCAUCGAUCAAAUGCUUUCUGACACUGCAGAUCUGGGCAUGCGGGCCGCGUUCCACAUCCGAUUAAAGGAUUGUCAUGAUGGAAGUUCUGCGUACUUACAGCUUAAUUUUCAGCUUGGUAUCCAGCCGCUUCUAAAGGUUUUGACAGGGACUAACGAAGACUGUUCGCCCCCAGCUGGUCCAACAGUCGAGUGGAAUUGUUGGUCCGGCUUCAGAUCAUUUUUUAAUUUCGUGCUUUGAAUGUACACGGAUUACCGACUCCGGUUUAAGCAGGCAGCGGUCAGCUGGCAUGGCUUCGAUCAUUUUGAGCGGGGGCAACUCGAGGACUGAACAAAUCAGAUGCCCAUUCAAUCGACCAUUCUUGACUGAACGACUAGAAUUGCGGUGAAGUCAAUGAGAGCAACCGUAAGGUCGAUCAGAAGUGAUCGAUGCAGUCGUUGAUCCAGCGGGCAGCCUGACUGGUCACUUCACAUAUUUACUUAGCCUACACUGACUUUCUGACUGGCUCUUGAGGUGAAUCUGAUUGCACUACCGUUGCACUGAGAACUCGGUGGACAACUUAUUGGCGAAAAUCAAUCCUAUUAAGCCUGGAUGUGGUUGGGGAUAUGUCGUUUUGCUGUGCGUUUCACUUCCGGGUAACACAGCUCGUCCCACUGUUGGGAAAGCGAGGCCAUCGAUGAAGUUCCUCAAAAGUUGUAUUCUUCCGGCCUAGAUGAUUUCCUUUUGAUUCGGGCCUUCGUUUGUCCAACUUUGGCAGACCCAUUAAAUCAAUGUGGGUAAGAUCGCGGUUGGUAGCCAGACAUUAUACGUUGAUACUGCCGAUGUACGUACUUGUUAUCAGUAGGUGUGCUCAUACUGAGUUAGCCAGGUCGCCCGUUUCGGUCAGGCUGUUGGGUUUAAUGAGGGUUAGGGUUAAGCCUAGGUUCAGUUGUGGGAUUAGGGUUUACGUUUUAAGGUCAAGUUUGAGUGUUAGUAUAAGGGUUUAGGUUCCCGUUAGGGUUACGGUUAAGGUUAGGGUUAAGGUAAGGGUUAAGAUUGAGGUUAGGGUUAGGAUGAGGCUAGGUUUUCGGUUAGCGUUGGGUUUUAGGAUUUUGGUUACGUUUCGGCUUUGAGGCUCAGGGUUAUGGUUUACGGUUGCGAUCGGAGUUGUAUUUUAGGGUUAAGCGCACGGUUUAAAUUUCUGCCAUUAUUCCACCUUCUUAAAACUCCCCAGCACUUUCCAUGGUAACUUAACGUUUACGCAAAAUCUCCAGCAUUCCUCUACCGGCUCUUCCAUUUACCCCACCCAUAUGACCACCUUUCCCACCAUUCCCGUACGACAGGGACCUGGCUGUCCGCCUCCCCAUUCCUGGCUACCAACUGCGAUCUAACCUCGAUCUGUUCGACAUCUCUACACGCCCAUACUCAGAUUUUUGUUUUCACACGUUUAUAUGUUCUGUCUUAUUGUCCACGCUCACAGCCCUCAUUCGUCUUAUGAAACUGCCAUUAACUCGACAGUUAGCCCUUCAAAAAGUACUUUUUUGAAAUCAUGGGUAAAGCCUGCUACCCACAAACUGCCAAAAGUUACCCGUCAAUUGUCUCAGCUGCCCACGAAUCGAAAGAAGUGUGGCAAAGCAUCAGUAUUCGUCUCCAGGACGCGUACGCUGUCACGAAGGCUCCCAAGCUUUCAUCUUAUUUCCACUUACACUUUUAGUCCGAACAAAAACCUCUCCGUGUUAUCUACGAUCCUGUCAGAACUGCAGACGUAAGUGAGCACUUUCGCGAAAAUUUUAUGCAUAGUUUACUUGUUGGUGAUGACUUUUCACACAAUCAUUUCUCCGGACUACUUAAUGGAAAUUUAGGAAAACACAUGCUCACACGAAGGAGACAAAUUACGUCAGCCUGAAGUAAAUCUGCAUGACAUCCUUAUUACCGAAGUACAUUGUAUUGCGUUUGUAAGAAGUGACGAAAAUGUCCAGCAUCCCAGGGGGAGGGACGGCAGUGGUGACUCGCACGUCAGUUGACUUAUAGUAAGGGACCUUUCACAACAUUUACCUCACACUCUUUCGUACGCCCUUCUGUCUUAGUUGGAGGACAGAUAGGGAUGGGCACGGUGUCCAGUGCGACUAACCCCUCGUAUCUACCCGUCGAAGGCGUGUUGUUACUUGCAUGUCCACAAACCGGGAUUAAAUAUAUCGGGUCUAUGAAGGCCACCUUGACAGGUAGUUUUGGCAGCCUGACCCACAGUUUGCAGGUUGAUCGUGCUACCCUAUCUGCUGACAACCCGUCAAGCCACGGCUGUUGGCUUGUCCGGCUAGUCCAGUAGCCUAACGAAUUUUAGUAGUAAGGCCCUGCCCACGUUAGAUUGUUCUCAUCUAUUCCACUCUUCACGUGUCUGUGGGAAAUACGAGUCGAGCCUUCUGGUACUCAUGCUGACGACGAUGACAAUGGUGAUGAUGAUGAUGAUGCUGCUGCUGCUGCUGCUGCUGCUGCUGCUGCUGGUGAUGAUGAUGAUGAUUAAUGCAGGAGUUGACUUGGAAUAGAGCCCCCAUCUGCCUCGCGCCACCUGUUUGUGUUGCUCGAACCCAACUCCGGUCGUCUUGAUACUGUCCCGCCUCCAGAACUGAGGGUGGGGGACGGGGGCGGGGUAAGGGGCAAGCGAGUGCAGAUGUUGCGAAAGUCUACUAUCGCUGUAAUCUGAUUCACGCGCCAGUCACCGGUGCUGUCUCCCCCAGUAUGGCACGCGGUGAACAUCGCACGCGACGAUCGCAUCUGUCUGCGCGGCAUUUGUUCAGGUCUAAUGCAGCAACACAGCCUGAAUUGUUGAAUAAUGAUCAUACACUAUGGAUAAAGGAAGUUCUCAGAAGAGAUUAUUUGUAUAGCAAGUUGUUCGCGUUCAUGUUUGGAGUACAAGGACUACGAAGGUUCUUCUGUGACAUGUUCACUGUCUUUUUUUCUAAUUCGCAUCGGCGGGAGUUUCAUUCCGAAAUCAUUAGACAACGGAUGAUUUUUUUGAUGUACCUGUUGAAACAACUCAAGGACUUGAGCUGAAUCACCUUUUGAACGCGCAGUCUGGACAGUACAGGCAACGACAUAUAGUAGUUGGAUAGCUUUGUGACUGAGAUUUUGGUUGGGCGAUGCUCUUUCUUUUCAACGGACAACCGUGCCUCAAGUUUCAGACGCGUGCUCAGGUACUUCUUUAAUCCUAAAUACUCGUGUGAUGACCUCUGAAUCAAAUAUUUUUAACGGACUUGAGUUCAUCUAAAUGCCUGCUAUUUUGAUUUUUCGCGUGCAGUCGUCUGCCGUGGACACUGGGGUGGUAAUCCAGCGCCUCCAAAACAUUUGAGUCCUGGCUGGAAUGUGCCUUGUCCUGUGACUGGGGGGUAGAUUGUAUGUACUCCAACCCUACUGGCACACCCUUAAGUCAUCUGCCUUUCUGUCGUUGGACUGGGGCACUUCUUGUCGAUGACAUGAAGUACUCCACGAGAACGACCAGUCGAACUUCAAGUGUGUUUUCCGGUAAACUUUUUGAAAUGAAGGAAGUACCUUAUAGGCAAGUAAAUAAUUUCAGGGUCUAUUCAGUGCAGGAGAUGGAGUGCAGUCUCGAAGACGUGACUUUUAUGGUCAGAUCCGAAACUUCAAGAACAUUCGAGUCGAAGACAAUCAACUACGAUGGAAUAACUGCUAAAUGUCCAUUCUACAAGCAAGUAGUGCUGCUUGUAAUAUGAAAUCUAUGUAGCAAAGGUAUUAUACCAUAUCCCCCACGUAGGUGCUCGCUAAACGCUCAGACAUGUGUUUUGCCGACAUUCUGCCGCUGCGUGGCCUAGCUGUGAGGGGUUUGGCUUCUCAGUGGGUCCUCCAGCGUACUGUAUGUAGUUUCUGAUGUAUGAAAUCCAGAAUAGGCAUUACGUGGUUAUUCCACAGUAGUUACUUGCCAUCGACUCGAAUUUUUAUUGAAAUUUCGGGUCUGGCCCUAAAAGUCAUGUUCUGGAGACUUGACACCAUGUCCUGCACUGAAUAAUUUCCGAAAUUAUUUCCUUGAUUAUUCUCUAGAAUUCAUAUGCCAGAAACCGCAUAGAGAACGUCGGGGUACCCACUGAGGAACCGAAACCCUCGCAGCGGCAGGUUAUCGGCGAAACAUGUGUCUGGGCUUUAAGCUAGUACCCCCGUCGAGAGUGCGGUAUAAUACCUUUGCCAUAUCUAACAAUCUUCCAAUAUAUCAGCGCGGAAGGAAGAAGGAUCCUGCUCGGUAACCGAGUAGUGACAGCUGUCUCUAGUAAAGCAGAAGGGUUAAAACUACCCCGCUUCGUCCCACAUCAACCUCUUCUACGUGGAGUUACUCCCAAAAUAGCCAAACCGCUUCGUAUUUCCUCUGUCAUCAAUCUCGUUCGUUUUCUGAAUUUUUGUAACGAUUAUGUCCCAUAUUAAAUAAGGCUAGUUGAGUCCUUUCUUUAGUCGUUUUGGUGGAAGGGAACUGUGAGCUGUAUUCCGUCUCAUGCUCUAAUGGACCUCGCUCGUCGGUGGCCUACGGGACUCCCACAGCCUUCCAGUUUUUCUCUCACUUUUUGUCGCCAUACCUUUGAUUUUUCUUGUUCAACCGUCAGAACCUUCUGAUCUUUUUUAAAUGGUUUUCAGCUUGCCUGAGGGGGAAUAUCUCCUUAGCUCCGGACAAAAGAAUGGCUCAACCGUAUUCGAGAUUUACCAGUCCGUUUCUAAAGGAAAGACUGAUAUGGACGCGUAAGUUCGCUCUGCCCCUUGUCCAUCGCCCCCAGGCCCUGCGUAUUGUGACCUUUUACUCCCGUUUGGUCGUUUUUUGCUAAAGCGACCGAAUUGACUGUGUCGCAUGCAUUCAUGUGUUAGCAGAAGAUGAUAACUAGUCCAUGCCUCCGGAUGUCGAAGCGCGUCUAAGUUAGUUCAGUAUACUUGAGGGUAGUAGGGGGUGACUUUGGCUACUCCGUCAGUCAGAGGAAUUUGCCGACAAGAAACGACAACAAAACCUAACGAAUUAGAUCAUUAUUACUCGAUAAUAACUAGUACAGAUACGGAGAAUUGCUUUUUAAUUCGGCCAAAGGAAAAUAUGUCCUGUCUGUCGCAUCCCUCGUUGGCAAGGAAUUGUAAAGCAAAUGUUUCGUGAGGGACUACUGUUCCCAUCUUACCCUCCUAAACAGAAACUUCGGUUUCACUUAGUACGGUCUUCAUGUAUUUUUUGAUUUCAAGGGAGUUUGGAUGUUCACAGUUAGACAAAACGGCGAACCAGCCAGAUUGUUCGAUCGAUCUUCUUGGAGAACACACGACAAAACGCCCUAGAACUCCUACAAAUGCCACCAUCAGGCGUGCUGCCGUUGUUGGACGCGAAGCCACUGAUGCUAGUAUUUGCGGUCCAAGUCAGCAACGCACUGUACCUAGUAUCGGAAAGCACCGUGUGCAGACCCAGGUUUCAUUAAUGCUAUCCCUUGCGCUUCGUAUGGUGUGCCUCGCGUCUGAGAACCGUUCUGUGGUGUGGCUGUUCAUAACACUUGAGGAGGACCUGCGAUCGGUUGAAGAAGAAUUUUAUUUACCUGACAUUUCAGCUUCUCGCUCCAACCCAUCGUCUGAGACAGCCACAACCAAGAGUGAUGGACGCACAAGGAUUGCAGUAGUCAAAAGGUCCAGUUGUCACGCCACCACAUACUUGUUGUAAUUAGUGGCUCUCACAUUUAGCACCAACUGUCGUACUUCAUGCGAUGAUUACUUGCUCACCUUCAUCCGGUUCCGUAAUUACCGCAAUUUCACCACCGGUGUUGAUCAUUGGGGUUAUAUUUACUUAGAAAUUUGACUCACAUACUGUUACUGGAACCGACGGUUGCCCGCACCUAUCCCGCAGUAAAAUUCAAGCCCUGAAUAUAGAAAGGGGAGGUAAUUGCGCCACCGGGUCAGUGAACCGUGAUGGAAGCAGAUCGCCGCUCAUGCAGUUGCCGCGUCUUGCGAGAAUUUUUGCCUUGCCGAAAUCGGGUAUGAGCUGGCCAUGCCGAAUCAACCGAGACCUGAAAACUGACGUCAUUCCUCACUGCUGUUGCAUGUUUAACCAUUUAAGUCCGGAGUAGUUUUUCAGUUUCCCUGCCGUAGUUGCUUUGUCCGCAACCGUACCAUAUCCGGUAAAUGACUCUAGAUGUUUCCUUUCGUGGCAGUGCACCUGUCGACUUCAUUACUUAGCGCUGGCUAGUUGUCUCUGGUCUUUGCGCAACUCCAAGUGGCCCGAGAAGACUAAUGAGGUAUUCCGCUCACCGAAACUCCUGGCCGAUGCGAUUAAGUAGUGGUUUGCUCAUAAGCGGAACUAACAAGUCAUCGUCAGACGCAGGUAGUCAAGCAGGGCAUUUGCAGUGUUUGCAGAAUAUACUGAAGAAGCAGCUUAAAAGGGACAUUUUGUCUAGAGUUGAAGCCCAGCGUCGAAUGGAACGUUGGAAAAUUGGAGCGGCCAAGAAUGUCCAUCGUAGAAAACCUUCUUCCGGACUUCUGAAAAAGAACAAAUCGAUGUAGAAGCUUGGAAAAUUGCCAGCCAACUAGCACAGCCAUCAUAGACGGGCAGAUUGCUUUGUAAUUAAAUCCACAAGGGCGUCAUUUGUCGAGAAUGUUUGACAUCAGACACUAGACGCCAGGGCGGUUAGGGCCUGGUCGCAGGAUGUGCAGACUCAGAUGGUCGCAUAGCAAUGGAAAAUCAGUUAUAGGCUAAACGAGGGGACCGGUCGACAGAACCUGGGUCCAUGUCCCAAUUUAGGACAUUUAAUCACAAAGUCACCAAUACCUAUUGAACACCCAGGUUUUGUUUACCGUUAACUUCUUGCAACAAGUGCCCAUUUUGUCCUUAGACAGGGUUUUAUAUACCCAAUUUUAUAGGAAAUGUCGUGGAAAGGAGGCAGUUCCUUAAGCACUUGCGAAGUUAGACACAUCCAGCCUGACAGGAUCCCCAAGUUGAUGGAUUUUGCUUUUCUCGGCGAGUUGUUUUAUCCCCCAGUUUCUCCUUCACAGUACAGAUUUUAUCGCAAUGCACACGCUGCGUAUCGUGCAUGUUGCUAAGCCCCGUGGUUAAUGCGUGCGCUCACAUUCCACCCGCUCGGCUUGUUCGUGGAAGCGCUCAAGUUAUUAUCUCGCGAUUGGCUGAUGUGCAUUUCGUUUUCUAAACUAGUUACACGACAAACCAACCUGGAAACUCUUCAUCUUUGGCCUUUACAGUGUUAGGGGCUUCUGUUUAAGCUUCUGACGUUGAACGGGCUCAAAUAGAUGCCCGGUAACCCUAAGGCAUGCAGGAGAGUUUCAAAUCUUUUAUCAGUAUUAACGGUUGAACAGUCAUUUUUACGCCUCACCGUUCCCCACUAAAAAUAGUUGCUUUCCCACCCAUAACUGAUUUGCACGGUUUUAGAGGGAUUUUCUGUCAUUGCUUUUUCUGAGAACACCGAGUGCUCAGCGCUAACAGAUGCCGCUGGAGUACGUAAUUCAUUUUGUCACGGCUUUUCGUCUCGAACUUUGUGAAAUUUUGCCUGUUCUCAACGCAGAGCUUCGGGCGAAGUCGUUGAUCUCAAAGAAACCUGCGGAGUCUCCUUUGCUGCUGCCAUACGUAGACUUUUGACCUCUCAUAGUCCUCCUGCUGGCAGGACUAAGGGCGUUGGUUUAGAUGUUGGGCCGACCUGGCGAGUGGUUGCCCGUCUUGGACUGGACUUCAACAUCCCUAGCGGCAUCGAUGAAAAGGGAGGCUUGCUUCUGCCUGGCCUUCUGCUCUCAUCAUCGGCAAGCCCAGUCAUGGAAACAAGCUCGUCCAAAAGCACGCCAACUCCCAACCCCAGGUCAGCAAAACGUCGACCUAGCAAGCUCCGGAAAACUUCAUCCUCACCACACAAGCCCUCCUAA